AUAAUAAUGUACCCGAGGACGAAACAUGUUGAUGGUUAUCUUUUAAUAAGACGAUGCUCUAUUAUUAUCUUCACUUUAUAUAGAGAAUGCAAAAACAGUAGGCCUACAGUGCACUUAUUAUUAUGCAAGGAUAUACAUUACUUUAAGUAAACCAGAAAUUGACGUUUCGACAAGUGCGACAUAUAACCCGGCUAAUCUCUAUCACAAAGACGUUUUGUCAUCUCCGUCAGUGCCACAUGGUUUCAAGCAUUUGAGAGACUGAAACAAAUCAUCACGUGACCAAAGUAAAAUAUAUGCUGAGAUGGCGACUGCUAUGUAUCUUGAACAUUAUUUGGAUAGUCUGGAGUCCUUGCCUACAGAAUUACAAAGAAAUUUCAAUCUGAUGAGAGAUUUAGAUCAGAGAUCACAAGACUUGAUGAAGGACAUUGAUAUUUUGGCCGAUGAUUAUUUGGUGAACGUCCGUGGCAUGACAACAGACAAAAGAACAGAACACCUUGAUUCAAUUACUAACUUGUAUUCCAAGAGUAAAGAGUUUGGAGAUGACAAAGUUCAGUUAGCAAUGCAGACAUAUGAAAUGGUUGACAAACAUAUACGGAGGCUUGAUGCAGAUUUGGCAAGAUUUGAGGCAGACCUGAAAGAACGAGGAUCGUCAAACAUGUCCAACACUGAUUCUGACUCAGGGAAGAAAACAAAUAAAGACAAAGAUAAGAAAAGAAAAUCAAUAAAAGACAAAUUUGAAGAUGAAAUUCCAAGGAAGAAAAAGAAAAAAGGACAAUCUGUUCCUGAGGAAGACGAGGCGCCAACACAAGUUACCAUUAUCCCCCUACCUAUCACCCAUCCCUCAGAUGUCCUGGACAUGCCGGUAGACCCCAACGAACCAACAUACUGUCUCUGUCACCAAGUAUCCUACGGAGAAAUGAUAGGCUGUGAUAAUCUUGAGUGUCCCAUUGAAUGGUUCCAUUUUGCCUGUGUGGGUUUGAAAACGAAACCUAAAGGGAAGUGGUACUGUCCGCGUUGUACAGAAGAGCGGAAAAAGAAAUGAUAGAUGUCUGUGUUCUUGGGGUCCUAUAACACAUGGCAUUCCUGGGAUUGAUGGCCGUGACUUGAUGUACAGGCCCUGGAAGGAAGGAAUCUUCAAAAAUAUCAUCGCCAUUCAUCAUGGUUAGGCUUGACUGGUCCAUAUCUCAUCUCUGGAAUGUGCCUCUCAAGAAAUUGAGAACAGGAAGAAACAACAUCUCCAUAUAUACAUCAUACCUUGCUCCUUCAACCACCAUUCAACAUUCAGACAGUGGUAUCAUACAUAUAAUCAUUACAUGAGCGAAAUAGCUGAAGAAAAAAAUGUAUCCUCUUACCAGGUGUUUUUGAAAGCAUUCUCAAUCUUGAGCUUGAAAUCUGCUUAAUCCAACUUCUUUCAAACUCCCUUAAAUCAGAAAUAGCAGUUUAAAAGAAAAGCCUUAAUGACAAAAAUAAUAUCUUGUCUGAAGUCUUUCUGAAAUUCCUUCAGAUCAUUGAAAAAAUGUUAAUUGAAACAUUGGAUUCAUCACCAAAAUAAUUUGAAACUGAACACAAAAUGUGUGUUUGAGCACGAUUACAGUUUCAUAAAUACGGGCCCAGGUGUUCGGUAAAUAUCAGUUUUCCUCCCUGUUCUGAUCUAUCAUAUUCAUAGGAAAUGAUAUUGUUAUUCCAGUAAGAUAUAUAUAUUACUUGAGUACUGGUGCCCCAGAAAUAAAUUCUACUCGUGAUAGAUGUGACAGAAAUAUGUCUCACUAUUAUGGUUUUGUUUCAUUUUUCUCCCGAUUUCCAAACCUGGAUUCCUCCCAUCAAGCAGAAAUUUUACUUAAAUAGUCCCAAGCACAUUGAAAUAUUCUUAAUUUGGGUAUGGGCUAUAAUGAUGAACCUGCCUGGAAAUGCUAACAUGUUUGGGUUUUUUUUAGUUGUACCAAAUUGUACCAAAGAUAUAUCAAAUUACUGAGUUACUAUUACUCAGUGGUAAGAAAGUUUACCAGUUAAAGUUGUUAAAAGUUAACAGCUUUAAAAUGGAUUUUAAAAAAAAUCUUACUUUCUUUCAGAAAAAAACCUUGUAAGAAACAUAAUUGGAAAAUGUUAUAAUCGGACAGUCAGUAUUUAUAUAUAUAAAUGUUUACUAUGGAACAACUGAAGUUAUUAGUGUACAUGUAAAUUGACAGUCCCUAUACCACAGGAGUAUUGAAUAUAUUAGGACAAAUGUGGUUUCAAAAUAUCUAACAUUGUUGACCUGUUAAAGGAGGGUUACCAACAAUGCAACCUUCUGUUCCCCAUAAAGUUUGAAUCUUCUGUGUUUCCAGCAUAAAAUCCAACCUAGCUGAUGAACUGGAAGCCACAUUAUUAAAGAUGUUUCUAACAUGACUGGCAUAGAGUUCACCUGUGUGUAGUAUAAAACAGACUUUUUUUUUUGGUAAUUGCCUUGCAUAAUUCAUUGUUGCUUUUGUCACAUCCUUUAAAAACAAACAAAAACAAAAAAGUUAUUACAUUUUAUCAUAUCAGUCAUAGACUUUCAUCACAAGUUCACUGGUAGAAUCAAUUCAUCAUCAGAAUGUUUUCAUUUUGUAUCACCGCCAUUCUGAUUAUACCUUUUAAUACAUCAUACCAUUUCGUAGUCUGUAAGUAAUGGUGUCAUUGUUACUAUUUUUGUUCUAUGUUUUUUAUGUAUGAUGGAGUAGUUUUUUGAAUCAUUACUUUAUCUCCAACUUAAUGAAUUUUGAAAAUCGCUAGGUAAAAAGCAUGGGGGACCUUGGUAAAAACAAAAUACUUAGAAUUUGUUAUAAUGACCUAAGAGCAGAAUGGGAUGUUAAAUUGUUGUGUUUGAACGAUUGUUAUUUGUUGAAAUGUUAGAUUGGAGAUUUACAAACCUUGUCUACAGCCAGUCUAUCUGGUCUGAAAAGAUAGAAGUUAGUUGAGACAAUUUUUAGGAAUAGGUUUCCAGGUACAAAAAUGUACUUUGUAGAUUUACAACAAUUUAAAAAUCAAGCUGCACAAUUUGUUUUUUGUUCAUAGUAAGUGCCAAUAUAUGUAUAAAGAUGCAUAUAGUGAUGUGUAGGUAAUGCUGAUGUAAUCAGUGAGUUUAUUUAAUAUUUAAAAUGUUACUUUCAGUCAGUAUUAUAUCAAACACUGAUUGGAUUGCCUUGUGCAGUCCCAAAUAACGGUAAUAUCACACCGGUGUUGGUUCUGUGUAAAGACGAGAAAGGUUUUGUUACCUUUCAAUUUAUUUCAUAGCAUGCCACAAUUGUUGUCCUCAAUACCAAAAAUGAAAAAAAAUUAGUAUUAUCUUUUGCUAGGUACCAGUUAUCUAUAAAAUUGGUAUUUACAGUAUUCUUGACGAUAGGUAUAUAAAAAACAGUGUAUUAAGAAAAAAAACAUACUUCAGAAAGUGCAGUGAAAAAUAAAAGAAAUCACUGUUAAAGCUUUCAUUGUUAAAGGCCCUGUAGUCCAACCAGAUGCACUAUACAGAGUUACAUUUUAAGUUGAUUUUAUUGAAAUUGUACUAUUUGAAACUCUUUUUGAUUUCUGGGUCAUACAAUUUUGUGUAUUACAUAAAUGAUCACCACAUUGUUUCAGGUUUUGUGUACCGGGUACUAUAUAAAUGUUAUUUGUAUUGAAUUUGAAUGCAUGUAUUAACUUUUUCAUUUAAACUUCAAUUCUAGCUCGUUGUCAUCUGAAAUGUCAUGCAUGAACGAUCAUGUCUUAAUGUCGAAUCAUGGAUUUAUAUCACUCAACUGUCUAGGCAAGUGUUAUUUAAAAUUAUUAGUAAACGCCAUGUUUUAGUGGCAGAAGUGUAAGAUUCUUUUUAUUACCUAUUUGAACCUGUAGAAAAAUAAGCAAAAGUUGUCAUUAAAAUGUAUUUACACUGGAAUGGUUCCUAUUUAGAUACUAAGACAAUCGUAGGUAAUUUAUGUAUGAUGUAACAAUACUUAUAAUAGGACAGACCGGUUAUGUGAUAAAUCUCUUUGCAAACUCUUAUUUUACUGUCCAUCACUUUAUCAUUAACAGAAGUGUAGAUGUAGUUGAUUAAAGUAGAAGACUAAAAAAAGAAAUACUUUAAAAGUGUUUCGACAUACAUGUAUUAUUUAAACUUUUUAAAUUUUAAUCAGAUAAAUGGUUCCUAUUCUGAAUUCAGUCUCAAGUGUUGAGUGUUGAGUGCGACAGAAUACUCAGCUGAUCAGUUGAUAGGAAUUUUACAAUGUGUGACAGCAGUUUGGAGUGAGAAAUCAGUUUAGGAAGUAAAAGUUUGUUGACUUAACAUUUUAAGCCACUGUUAAAUUUGAUCUGUAAAUUUAUGUGUAAGAUAUUCUCCACAUUUGAUAUAUGUUAAUUAUGUAAUACAUACACGGCAUGUGUACAACAAAUGAAACACUAUGUUUUAAAUAUGA